CUCCCGUAAACUGAAACUCCAUAACCCAACUGUCAUCUUCAUCACUGAAAAGACACAUUAGCAAAAAUAAAAUAAAAUAAAUAAAUAAGACGUUGACACGUUACGGGAUUUACAUCAAUAACGUCUUGCUUAUCUUUCUGUUGAUCCGGGCCCAGGCCCAAGUCCAGGUCGAAUUGGGUCUGUCUCUUCUCUUCUACGUGUCACACCGACUCACUGCCAAACUUCAUGUUUCAUGCCAUUGGAGUUCUUUUCCUUCUCUGUUCUUUACUUAAAAGUUACUCCUUUUGAUCUUAUAUCUCGAUAUUGACUCAUUUUUUAUGAUCGUGGCGCUGAAGGUCUUUCUUUCUUCAUGUGAAGCUUCAGGUUGUGUUUGCAUUUACAUUAAAGAAUUUUGAUACGAUUUGAGUUUUUGUGGACUGUGUUUUCACAAAGCCGAGAACAAUGGUGUUUAUUGUUUACUCCUCGAGUUACAUGCGUGGAUAUAAACAUUUUCUAGUUUUUCAAUCUUCACAACUGUUUAAUAAAGGGAGCAAGUGAUUCGGUAUACACAGUUUUGAAAUAGAGGAAAGUUUAAGAACAAGCUCCCACGUAAAACCACAGCUAUGACUACCACAAAGAUCUAUAUAGUGUACUACUCUCUGUAUGGACAUGUAGAGACUAUGGCGCGAGAGAUCCAGCGAGGUGCUAAUGCUGUCCAAGAUGUUGAAGCAACACUUUGGCAGGUACCUGAAACACUCUCAAAUUUGAUACUGCAAAAAAUGAAGGCCCCUUCCAAGGCAGAUGAUGUGCCAGAGAUCAAGCCUGAACAACUUUCGGAGGCUGAUGGCUUUGUGUUCGGCUUUCCUUCUCGUUUUGGUGUAAUGGCUGCUCAAUGCAAAGCCUUCUUUGAGGCUACUCACCAACUAUGGGAAAAACAAGCACUUGCUGGUAAACCAGCUGGUAUAUUUUGGAGUACUGGUUUCCAUGGGGGAGGCCAAGAGCUUACUGCAUUAACAGCCGUGACUCAAUUGGCACAUCAUGGUAUGAUAUAUGUCCCUAUUGGGUACACAUUCGGAAGUGGAAUGUUUGAGAUGAAUGAGGUAAAGGGUGGCUCUCCUUAUGGUGCUGGGACAUAUGCUGCAGAUGGGUCUCGUGAGCCUACGGAGCUUGAACUUAAGCAAGCCUUUUACCAGGGUAAAUAUGUUGCAGAAAUGGCCAAAAAGCUCAAACAUUGACACCUCUUCACCCUAAAAACUGCAUUCAAUAUGUUAAAAGUUCAAAACUAAUUGUGAAUGAAAGAAGUACUACUUUUAACAGAAUGGAGCAUCACAUAACUUUCAUUUAUCAGCUCCAUCCGAAAAGGAAGGCCAUUUCGUAUUAUUAGAGGAGAAAUUGGCCUAUACAUAUUGCAUUUUCUUUUACAUUCUUACCAAACGAACUUUCAAUAAAUGGACCAUCAUAACAAUUGUUUACUAUUUAUAAUGGAAUAUAUAGAAGGUGUUUUUUUUUUCUUUUA